CGCCCCCGGUCCCCCGAGCCCCGAGCGCCAUGGUGGGCGCGCGGCUAGUCCGCAACUCCGCGGCCGCCGGCUAACGGGCGGGGCGGCCACCGCUGCCUCACUCUGUCCCUCCGCGUGCGGGGCCUCCGAGCCGCCGUGGGGAGGAUGAGUCCCUGGGGCUGGUUCCUGCUGCAGACCCUCUGCCUCCUGCCCACGGGCGCAGCCCCGCGGCGCGGCGCGCCUGCCUCAGCCAACUGCGAGCUCAAGCCCCAGCAGAGUGAAUUGAAUUCCUUCUUGUGGACCAUAAAGCGAGAUCCGCCAUCUUACUUCUUUGGCACGAUCCACGUUCCAUACACCCGGGUUUGGGACUUUAUCCCGGACAACUCCAAGGAGGCUUUUCAGCAGAGCAGCAUUGUGUACUUUGAGCUGGACCUCACGGACCCCUACACUAUCUCGGCCCUCACCAGCUGUCAGAUGCUGCCGCAGGGCGAGAACCUCCAGGACGUGCUCCCCAGGGACAUCUACUGCCGCCUCAAGCGCCACCUAGAGUACGUCAAGCUCAUGAUGCCCUCGUGGAUGACCCCAGACCAGCGUGGCAAGGGGCUCUAUGCGGACUACCUCUUCAACGCCAUCGCGGGGAACUGGGAGCGGAAGAGGCCCGUCUGGGUGAUGCUCAUGGUCAACUCCCUGACCGAAGUGGACAUUAAGUCCCGUGGGGUGCCUGUCUUAGACCUGUACCUUGCUCAGGAGGCUGAGCGGCUGAGGAAACAGACUGGGGCCGUGGAAAAGGUGGAAGAGCAGUGCCAUCCACUGAAUGGGCUGAACUUUUCACAGGUCAUCUUUGCUUUGAACCAGACCCUCCUGCAGCAGGAGAGCCUUCGAGCAGGCAGCCUUCAGAUCCCCUACACGACAGAAGAUCUCAUCAAACACUAUAACUGUGGGGACCUCAGCUCCGUCAUCUUCAGCCAUGACAGCUCCCAGGUUCCCAAUUUUAUUAACGCCACGCUGCCACCGCAGGAGCGCGUCACCGCCCAGGAGAUCGACAGCUACUUCCGCCAGGAGCUCAUCUACAAGCGGAAUGAGAGAAUGGGGAAGCGGGUGAAGGCCCUUUUGGAAGAGUUCCCGGACAAAGGCUUUUUCUUUGCCUUUGGAGCUGGUCAUUUCAUGGGCAACAAUACAGUGCUUGAUGUCUUGCGGCGCGAAGGCUAUGAGGUAGAACACGCCCCCGCUGGACGACCCAUCAACAAGGAGACGAGUAGAAGUCCCUUGUCGGGACCCGCCUCCUCUGCCAUCUUUGUUCCGGAAGUGCCUGCCUCAGAAGCGCGGGUACCGGAAGCUGGGUCUGCGGUUCGCUCGCUGUGGCCUCCCCACGUGUCCCUGCCUGGAAGUGCCCACCUGGGAGGCGGAGCGGAGCGGAGGUUUCGGAAGAAACGGAGGCGGCAGCGGCCACAGCGAAAGCAGCGGCUUCGGCAGUUCAGCGAUCUGUGGGUCCGACUGGAGGAGAGUGCUGAGGUCCCACAGCUCCAGGUCCCUGUUCUGGAUAGGCACAUCUCUGCCGAGCUGCAGCUCCCUCGCCAUGGGCAUUCCCGCCACAGCCAGAUGGUAGCCAGCAGUGCCUGUCUGUCUCUCUGGACUCCUGUGUUCUGGGUGCUGGUGCUGGCUUUCCAAACAGAGACACCCCUCCUGCAAUGACGGGAGGAGCCAGGCCAGGCCCCUGACCCCUUGGACUUGAAGGAUGGCUAUUCCUGUACUCCACACCCUGUUCUGGCCUUGAUAGGCCCAACCCAGGAAAAGAGAGAAUAAAAGUUGAUUCUUCUCUUUCCAAGGAACGACUCUGGGUUAUCCAGCAGUGCUGGGGGUAGGUGUACAGUUUUGUAACAUAAUGACUUGUAUGAAAAUAAUUGUAAAUGAAUUAUAUGGAAAUAAUUAAAUGUCUUUUCUUUGUA